UUUAUGAUGUUGUUUUCGCUAUUUAGCCUUCUCAUAGAAUGAGAGGCAGGGAACCAGGCAAUCCAAUAUGGCGCGUCACGUAUCUUGGGAAGAGGCAAGAAAUCAUCUACGUAGGAUGAGAGAGGACCAGAUUAGAGAUGGACAAACAGUUGUUUCACUUUGGGAAGAUGUCCUUAUGGCAGAAAGGAACAAACUUGGAGAUGAGUUGUGGACAGUGUAUGAACAAGUCUGCAUUGCUGCACUGGACUGUCAAAGGAUUGACAUCUCAGAGACCUGUAUAGAACUCCUUAAAGCUAAAUUUCCCAAAUCCAUGAGGGUGAAAAGAUUGCUGGGAAUGAAAUAUGAAGCUGAAGAAAGGUUCAUUAAAGCCGGAGAGUUGUAUGAUGAUAUAAUCAAAGACGACCCAACAAAUAUGUUUGCCAGGAAAAGGAAAGUGGCUAUAUGUAAAGCACAAAACAAAAUGACAGAGGCCAUUGAUGAAUUAAACAAAUAUCUCAAACAAUUUAUGACAGACUUUGAGGCGUGGAUGGAGCUAUGUGAUCUAUAUUUAGCUGUUCAAGACUACACCAAAGCGGCAUUCUGUAUGGAGGAACUGAUCAUGUCUAACCCCCAUAAUCAUUUGUAUCACCAAAAAUUUGCAGAGAUAAAAUACACAAUGGGUGACCCAGACAGUAUGGCCGUAGCCAGGACCUACUUUGCACAGGCCAUAAAACUCAACCCCAACAGUGUACGGUCCCUGUAUGGCUGCUUCCUGGCCUCAUGUAACUUAGCAGCCAGUGCACAAAGGAAAGACAAACAGAGUAAUAUCAAGUAUGCAGCAUGGGCAGCCCAACAGCUGAAAGAAAAAUACACUACUGUCCAGCCAGAAGAUCUCACGAAUCAGACCAGGGUGUUAGAGUCUAUAGAGCGAGUGUUAGAAUCCCUCACAGAGAAAACAUCUAACUGAACAAACACUUCACUAAUUCCUCAUAAUGUGAUCUGGAUGCACCACUCGACACACUUUUACACACACCUGUGUUCAUCUGGAAAUUUUAACCUAUCAUGGCACAGUAAAUCAUUAUUUUGUGAGCUGCAUGUAGUAAACACUAUGAUAACAGUUGACAUGUAUUACAUGCAGUCAGGGUUUCAGUAAAACUGGAACAAAGAACAAACUUUCUGAUAUGUACAUGUAACACAUUUUGUUGUGCAAUUCUGAAAGAAAUGAGCAGAGAUUGUUGAAUGUUAAUACAUGUACAUGUAUUAUGGAAUACUUGUUGAUGUAUUUUUUGAUUAUAUAUUAUAUUUAUCCAUGGAUAAAUAUGUACAGUUGUAUGUGUUUUUUGUGUCUGUAGGUUGGGGUUUGAUGUCUCUCUGAUAUUCAAGACCAGUUGUUUCCAAAUCCAUGAGAAGGACAAUAUUCCAUGAGUAAUUCACCUUAUUAAUUUCGCGUGUUCUUCUAUAACAUGUUUUUACCUUGGUAUAUGCUAAAGAAAUUCUGAAAGUAGCUGUGCAAAUACAUACAUGUAUAUUAAAGUAAUUUUUAUUCUCCCACCAUUAUUCAGAAGUUUAUUGCCAUUGCUGGUUUAUUCCUAUAAUCACUGAAAAUUGGAUUAUUGUUCUAUUAUAUUUUUGGUAUUAUAAAAGAUACAUACAUGUACAUGAAUAAUGGGAGAUUUUUCUUUUGGUAAUUUAUAAUAAUGUCAGCAUCUGCAAAAUAAUCAUGUAUGGAAAUAAUGGAGACGUUCUGUUUCUUAUUUAUUGCUUUUAUGAAAGACAUACAGUACAUGAUUUUACAA